AAAAUAAUCUUUUUACAUGGAAACUAGAAGUAGUAGUGCUAUCAAGAACUUGGAGUUCCAGCCUAUGGAAUUUAGUGAUGAUGAGAAUUGAUCAUUGAAUGAGCUUGAUGUUCAACCAGAGGUGAUAGAUCAAGCCCUAAGAGACCCUAACUGAAUAAUCUCCCAAGCUGAUAGGGAGAUGCCGAUAAGACUCCAUUCUGACCAGGAGGUCCCAGAGUAUCCUCCAAUCCCACCAAUCCUACUCGGUUUGCCUCUUGAUGAUGCUCCUAUUGAAGAAGAAAGCGAGCCUGAAGAAAGCGUUAGUGAAGAUGACAAUGAAAGCAGUAAGAAAAAAUCUAAGAAGUCCAAGAAAAGAGCUAAAAAGAAGGCCAAGAAGAAGGCAAAGAAGGAACGCAAAAGAAAGAGGAAAGAAAAAGAGAGAAAGAAGAAGCUAGAAGAGGCCAAAAUGAUGGACUCUGCUGCAGUCAAACAGGAAAGAGAGGACUAUGAAAGGACUAGAAAUUUGUUCAUCAAAACUUUUAUCAAGCACAAACUGAACAAAGCUGCUCAAGGAGCGAUUAGUAAGGAAGCAGUGAAGGAAUGCCUUACUAAAUCUUCCAUCAAAUCUCUCAGAAAUGAAAUCAUGUGUGCAGUUUGCCAGGAUAUUAUCAAUGAUCCAGUAAUGUUAAUGACUUGUGCUCAUAGAUUCUGCAAGGAAUGAAUCGAAACCCACAUCAGAGUUAGCAAAAAGUCAUGCCCCAUAUGCAUCACUCCCAUAGAGACUCGACGGAUCAUGCGUGACGACAAAAAGAUCAACGGAUUAUGUAAGUAAAUUAUAGUGAAACUGCUCAAAGCAGACUUUGCAUUUAUCAAUGAAGAAGACGAACAGGAGAAAGAAACCUAUAGUAAAGCCAUCAUCAAAGAGCAAUCAUUGAUCAAUGAAAUCAAGAAGAGGCAGAUCAACGACCAGAAGAACAUGCAUAAGAAGAAGACUAAUCGCGGCAAGAAGAAGAAAACUAGAGCAGGGGAGAAAACUGCAGAAGAGAAGGAAGCAGAAAAAGUAGUCUCUGAGGAGAACUACAACAGGCGCCCUGAUAAUGACAUCACUAUUUUACAAGAUGACUACCAGUUAAAGAAGUAUAAACUGGUUCCUAGAAUGAGAAUCGUAGUUAACGGACUAUGUCCAAUCCUGUACCUCGGAAAGUAUGUAGCUUAUAAGAACAAAUUCGAUAUAAUCAUUUGGCCCAACAUCCAAUUCUUUAUGGCUUGUGGAGACAAGCUCAGAAAGGUUAAGCACAUCGACAGAAUCGAUCAAGUGAAGGAAAAGUUUGGGAUAAAGGGAAACAAGCUCACAAUUUACUACAGAAAAAUAGUGACAAAGUCAUAUCCAAAGUAUAUGAAUAUGAUCCAAAACACUACUCAAAAUAUGCGUCCUUACAAUGGCGUGAAUAAGCCUCCUGUUGCUAAUCCUGAUAUCAAUAUCGGCAACAAAGACCUCUUCUCAACCGAGGCUCCUACUGCCCAACUUGUCAAAAAGGAGGAUUUAGCCCCUAAGCAAGACGAUCCAAUCGAAGCAAUGACCAACCAAGAGAGGAUCAACCAGCUCAACAACGUAGGAAGUUCAAGCAAGCUUGAAAACUGUCUUGGCGAUUUAUUCAAAUAA